ACACCGAUUCCCUGGCCAGUAUAGCCCGAGCUGCAGUUGUGGAAGGUUGUAUAACUUUGUCGCAGCAGUGCUGGACUGAAAUGACUUGGACUUGUUGAAGCUGAGACAAAACAUUCAAAUUUCCGCUCUUUGAAUCGACUAUCUGUUCAUCAUCUUCUAGGUCGUGUUCCAUGCCUCCGGUAAGCCAGAGCCGCGAAGUCUUAACAGCGAUGGACAGCGGGCAACCGUUACCAACUUUGUCCUUUGGACGCAAGAAUGGGUGCUUUGUGCCCAAAAAUAUUGCAAUUAUAUUGGGUGUAUUUUUCCUGGGUUCCCUAUUGGCCACGGGUCUACUGGUGUAUUACUAUGCAACCCCUCAUCGUCCUGAUGUCGCCGGCUCGUCAACUCACUCCAUAAUAAACCCCAUCGAAGCUUCGUCGUCGCCUGUCGCCAGCACUGCAGAAUUUGUUGGAUCUCCUCCUCCUCCUCAGGCAACUUCGAAAGAACCAGUGCAGGUCUCCACUACCUCAACGACGACUGAAGCACCCGAAACCAGGAAGAAGAUCGAUGUUCGGCUUCCAAGAUCAAUCGUGCCCCUAAAGUAUGUUGUACGGCUUCAGCCAUUUAUCAACGGUAAUUUCUCUAUCAUGGGCUCGGUUGAGAUCACCAUGAAGGUCUUGGAACCCACCCAGAACGUGUCCCUGCACAUGGCCGACAUCAUCAGCAAAAACGAGACCAUCAAGUUGAAAAUGGCGGAUGACAUGUCGGCUCAAAGCUUAAAAAUCACGGAACACAAGUACGACGCUGACCGAGAAUUCUACAUCGCAAUGUUGGAUCAGGAGCUUGUCAAGGAUAGGAAGUAUGUACUUUCCAUGAAUUUCGAAGGCUACCUCAACGAUCAACUCAAAGGCUUCUACCGCUCCCAGUACACCAAUAAAAGUGGACAGAAGAAAAUGAUAGCGACAACUCAGUUCCAGCCUACGGAUGCACGGCGCGCGUUUCCGUGUUUCGACGAGCCUGCACUCAAAGCAGAGUUCGAAAUUUUCAUUGCUCGGCAAGCCAACAUGUCUGCCAUCUCGAACAUGCCGAGGAUCAACACCUCGCUUGUCCCUGAUCAGCCAGGCUGGGUGUGGGAUCACUUCAACUCUUCGGUUCCCAUGUCCACGUACUUGGUCGCCUUCGUCGUCUCCGAUUUCUCUCACAUCAACUCCACUGCUAACAAAAACACGCUAUUCAGAGUCUGGGCACGCCAAGAGGCCAUCGAUCAAGCCGAGUACGCGAAGGCGAUCGGGCCCGACGUCACGACUUAUUUCGAAGACUAUUUCUCCAUCCCGUUCCCGCUGCCCAAGCAGGACAUGAUUGCGCUGCCUGACUUUUCCGCCGGUGCCAUGGAAAACUGGGGUCUCAUCACAUACAGGGAAACAGCUUUGCUUUACGAUCCUGCGGUGUCGUCUGCGUCCAACAAACAAAGAGUUGCUGCAGUCGUGGCCCACGAGCUCGCCCACCAGUGGUUCGGAGACCUGGUCACACCGUCUUGGUGGACCGACCUCUGGCUCAACGAGGGCUUCGCUUCAUAUCUGGAAAACUUAGGAGUUGAUGCAGUUGAGCCCACCUGGAAGAUGAUGGAGCAGUUCCUGGUUGACGACCUCCACUCGGUCUUCGCGCUGGACUGCCUCGAGUCCUCGCAUCCCAUCAGCAUCCCCGUCGGCCACCCCAGUGAAAUCGAAGCCAUAUUCGAUAAGAUUUCCUACAACAAAGGUGCGUCCAUCAUCCGGAUGAUGAAUCAUUUCUUGACUGAGCCCACCUUGCGGCAGGGCUUGACGAAUUACCUCAAUCACUUCAAGUACAAAAGCGCAGAGCAGGACGACUUGUGGCGCUUCCUGACGGAGCAGGCGCAUCAGGACAAGAACUUGCCUCAGGACCUGACCGUUAAGGACAUCAUGGAUACCUGGACGCUGCAGAUGGGCUACCCCCUCAUAACGGUCACGGUCAAAGGCGAUGGCUCUGCUAUGUUGUCCCAGGAACGUUUCCUGUUGGUGAAGAACGAAAACUCGACCGACACUCACGACUACAAAUGGUGGGUCCCUAUUUCCUUCACCUCUGAAGACGCGAUGAACUUCAACGAUACACGUCCGUCAGCUUGGAUGGACAAAACCGAACCCACUAAAACUAUCUCCGGCCUUCCUACAUCACCGAACAAGUGGGUCAUCGUGAACCUCCAACAAACUGGUUAUUACAAAGUCAACUAUGAUGCUAACAAUUGGCAGCAAAUUAUCCGGCAAUUGAAGGCUGAUCACACGAAGAUUGACGUGAGCAAUCGCGCUCAGAUACUAGACGAUGCACUGGAUUUGGCACGUGGUGGAGUCCUGAGUUACGACGUAGCCAUGGACGCGUUGUCUUACCUCGAUAAGGAGACAGAGUACGUGCCUUGGAAAACUGCACUGAACAACUUGGGAUACGUCAAGAACAUGCUCAGCAGAACUGCUUCUUACGGUGCAUUCAAGCGCUACCUGAUCUCUCUCUUGGAGCCUCUUUACAAGAAAGUUGGCUUUGCUGAUAAUCUUAACGAUCCUCACCUGGAUCAACUCAUUCGUGUUCAAGCCAUCUCGUGGAUGUGUUCUCUUGAUUAUAAAGACUGCGUCACCCAAGUUGUCAGCCUCUUCAAGCGUUGGAUGGAACAACCAGCUGACAAGAG